AUGGCAGGGAAACCCAUUCUUCACUACUUUGAUGGACGGGGCAGAAUGGAGAACAUUCGAUGGCUCUUGGCUGCAGCUGGCGUAGAGUUUGAAGAGAAAAUCAUGAAAACUCGAGAAGACUUGGAAAAGUUAAGAAAAGAUGGGAGUUUGAUGUUCCAGCAGGUGCCCAUGGUGGAGAUCGAUGGGAUGAAGUUGGUGCAGACCAGAGCCAUUCUCAACUACAUUGCUGCCAAACACAACCUCUAUGGGAAGGACAUAAAGGAGAGAGCCCUAAUUGAUAUGUAUUCAGAAGGGAUGGCAGAUUUGAAUGAAUUGGUCCUUCUUUACCCAUACCUUCCACCUAGUGACAAAGGUGGAAGACUUACCCAGAUCAAAGAGAAAUCGAGAAACCGUUAUUUUCCUGCCUUUGAGAAGGUGUUAAAGAGCCAUGGGCAAGACUACCUGGUUGGCAACAGGCUGAGCAAGGCUGACAUUCUCCUCACUGAACUUCUCUACAAUGUGGAAGAGCUGGACUCCACUGUUCUGGCCAACUUCCCUCUACUGAAGGCCCUGAGAACCAGAGUCAGUAACCUGCCCACAGUGAAGAAGUUUCUGCAGCCUGGCAGCCAGAGGAAGCCUUUGGAGAAUGAAGAAUCUGUAGAAGCAAUAAAGAAGAUUUUCAGUUAAAUGAGGCAGACAUGGAGACAUAGCACUUACAAUACUGGGCUUUAUCCAAAAGAUGAUCUUGAUUACUAGGAGGCUAAUAAAGUUUUCCAAAGUUUAUGUGCUAAUUUAGUUAGAAAUGAACUAUGUAGUCUUCUUUGCAAUGUAGUUUAUUUGGUUUUGGUCAAGUUGAUAAUCAUGAUCAUCUUCUGGGAUAUCUUUUUAAAUUUAAAUAGAGAGAGAAACUUUCUUAGGCUCUGAUUUAAUUUUAAAAAUGUCUUACAGCAUCUGUCAUGUACUAUCUCAAAAAUUAAACUACAGCUAGGCAUGGUGGUAGCAAUUUUCCUCUGACACUCUAGCUUUUGCAAAAAUAUCUUUUUUAUGUUUUGCUACCUUUCUCACCAAAAUACACAAAAACAACUUAUAAAGAACCAUUUCUUUCUACUUU